GUGGGGUGAAAACGUGUUAGCUACACAGUACGGUGAUAAUCAAAUGAAUCUGAUUGGGAUAUUCGAGACUUUCUGUGGACUUCAGACUCGUACGUCGCCGUUAGCGUAGGAACUUCCAGCCGAGUCACCUUCUUCUGUUGCGGCUACAUGAACUAAUGUGUAGAGGUAAAGCGGCGUUUUCCAAUAAACAUUCGAAUGACAACGACUCGAAACCAGAACGAAGAAUAAGGAAACUAACCACUACAAAAAGCGGUGUGGCAAAGUAUCUCUUCAGCAACAGCGCACGGACAUUUCAUCAGUAGCGACUUGUCAGUUUCAUUUAUUUGAAACACGUUGGUUUGUUAACUUUUAAUAAACAGGAGAGAUACCGCGGAGCGCAUGGGCGCAGUACUGUCACAUUCCAGUAGUAACUAAGAUAAGCUGCGAGCGGCUCCCAGCUGGUUGCUAAGAAGGGUUAAACUGUAUCUAAAGGGAGUUGGAAAAUCCUGCCUUUCCUCCUCACGGAUCAACUCAUUGGGUGGGAGCUGAGAGAGAGACAAGAGUCCCCAGCAAAUCAGGAGCUAAUUGAUUAAAGAGACUUCAUUUGAAUAAGGGGCUGGCGAGGUGCCAAUCGCCUUUCAAAGCGCCCCUGUAUGAUUAAUCGCAAAGCAUUAUUGAUAAUCAUAAUUAUAGUAGGACACAUGCGCGGUGGAUGGGCUCGAUUUCCGUAAUUUUGAGCAGAUUUUUUGGUAAUUUUUUAUUCUACCCUGGCUGAUGUGCGAGCCAGCAUGUCGCGGAGGAAACAAGCGAAGCCGCAGCAUUUCCAAUCGGACCCGCAUCUGGCCUUAUCCGAGCACAAUGGGGGGACAGAACCCUGCUCGGAGAACCCCCCCAGUAAGGACUCAGAUGCCCACGUCUGUGGCAGAUGUUGCGCCGAGUUCUUUGAACUAGCAGAUCUCGAACAACACCAGAAGAAUUGCACUAAGAAUCAAUUAGUUCUGAUAGUAAAUGAAAAUCCAGUCUCUCCUUCUGAAACAUUCUCCCCAAGUUCCCCUCCCGAUAAUCCUGAUGAGCAGAUGAAUGGCACAGUUAAUAACACAGAUCAGGAAGAGUGCAGUGACCUUUCAGAGCAUAACACACUUGACAAAGAAGAAUCCAUGGAUGUGGACAUUUCCGGAUUUCACAGGAGUCACAACGGCGGUGGCAGCAGCAGCAGCAGCAGCAGCAGCAGUUCCAUUAACAACAGCAGUAGUAUUGUAAGUAGCACUGGUCCCACUGCAGGAAACUCUGCUGUCUCAACAGCUCUACCUCAGCGAGGUAACCUGGCUGAACUGGGGAGCUUCUCCAUGAUAAACAGCAAUGUAAUCAUUGAAAACCUGCAAAGCACGAAAGUGGCUGUGGCCCAGUUCUCCCAAGAGAGCCGCUCCAGUGGCAGCAACAAGGUGGCGGUCCCAGCCCUGAUGGAGCAGCUCCUGGCUCUGCAGCAGCAGCAGAUCCACCAGUUGCAGCUCAUUGAACAAAUCCGUCAUCAGAUAUUACUGCUGGCCUCUCAAAACCCUGAAAUGCCAGUGCCCUCCAGCUCCUCUCAAGGUACGCAGGGGAUGUCGGCCAACCCGCUGACAACUCUCAGCUCGCAUCUCUCCCAGCAGCUGGCUGCAGCUGCAGGAUUAGCACAGAGCCUGGCGAGUCAGUCUGCCAGUAUCAGCAGCCUGAAGCAACUAACUGCAGCAGCACAGCUACCUCAGAGCAACCCUGGCAGCAGCAUCAUGGCCCCAGGCAGUGAUUCAUCUCAGAGCAUCGGCUCACUAGCAGCAUCAGCAGUGAACACCCAGCCCUCUGAAAAGCGGUCCGCCAGUAGUCUCCAUCCCCAGCUCAACAACGCAUCACUUGCAAAAACAUCCACACCUGCUUUCACAAUAGGUAGCUUGUUGAACUCUGCAACAAAUCCACGUCUACCUCAGCCCCCUUCUGGCUCCAUAUUCUCCAGCGCUCUGCCCAGUGUUGGCACAACUGUGGAAGACCUAAAUUCCCUGGCUGCCCUUGCCCAGCAGAGGAAAGGCAAGCUGCCCAACGUCACUUCCUUUGAACCCAGACCGAGCUCAGAAGAGGCUUUCUUCAAACACAAGUGCAGGUUUUGUGCCAAAGUGUUUGGGAGUGACAGUGCCUUGCAGAUCCACCUACGAUCUCACACUGGAGAGAGACCGUACAAGUGCAACAUAUGUGGGAACCGCUUUUCCACCCGCGGGAACCUUAAAGUCCACUUCCAACGUCACAAAGAGAAAUAUCCUCAUAUUCAGAUGAAUCCAUAUCCAGUCCCAGAGCAUUUGGAUAAUAUCCCAACUAGCACUGGCAUACCAUAUGGCAUGUCUAUGCCUCCAGAGAAGCCUGUAACUAGUUGGCUGGACAGCAAGCCAGUUUUGUCCACCUUGACCACUUCAGUGGGCCUAUUGCUCCCACCAACAAUGCCCACCUUGCCUCCUUUCAUUAAGAAAGAAGAGAAUCACUCUGAGAUAACCAGCCCUUCAAAUUCUAUGAAAAGUGACUCGGGUGCUGCAGAACCAUCUGUGAAAAGAAAUAAUGGUGUAUCUGAAGAAGGUGAAGGUGGUACAUUGCCUACCUCGAAUGGGAGAAAUGAAGAGAACAACCAACCAUCAAACCUCUUCACAAGUGUGAGCUCUGCUGUGGAGAGCACUGCAGACUAUGCGUCCACCAACAGCCCUCCUCUGACCACCAAUCCACUCAUGCCUCUCAUGUCUGAGCAGUUUAAGGCCAAGUUCCCCUUUGGAGGCCUUCUCGACCCCAUGCAGGCAUCUGAGACCUCCAAGCUCCAGCAGCUGGUGGAGAACAUCGACAAGAAGGUAACCGACCCAAAUGAGUGUGUCAUCUGCCACCGGGUGCUCAGCUGCCAGAGUGCCCUAAAAAUGCACUACCGCACACACACCGGGGAGAGGCCCUUCAAGUGUAAAGUGUGUGGCAGAGCAUUCACCACUAAAGGGAAUCUCAAAACGCAUUACAGUGUCCACCGUGCCAUGCCCCCACUGAGGGUCCAGCACUCUUGCCCCAUCUGUCAAAAGAAGUUCACCAAUGCUGUGGUUCUCCAGCAGCACAUCAGGAUGCACAUGGGUGGGCAGAUUCCAAACACCCCCCUCCCAGACAACUAUCCCGAAUCCAUGGCGUCUGACACAGGGUCAGUGGAUGAGAGAAACUUUGAUGACAUGGAAAACUUUUCUGAUGAGUACAUGGACAACAUGGAAGACUGCCCUGACAGCAGCAUCCCAGACACACCCAAGUCUCUCGAUGCAUCCCAGGACAGCCUUUGUUCUUCUCCCAUGCCCCCAGAGACGGUUGGGAUGGCAGGGGUGGAAAACCAGAUGAAGACUGCCCACCAGGGGUUGAUGGAGGAUCUGCAGGCUGGCAGGUUGAAGUCCUCUGAAAAUGGGUCAAUAGAGGGGGACCACUUCACCAAUGACUCAUCGUCCCUUGGAGGAGACAUUGAGAGCCAAAAUGCCGGAAGCCCUGCUAUCUCUGAAUCUACCUCCUCCAUGCACGCUCUGUCACCCACCAACAGUGCACCAGUACAUCGCAAGUCACCCAGCUUUGAGGAGAGGCAACAAAGGGCUUUAUCGCUGGAGCCCAACAGCACAGGCCUCAUGCAGUCAGGAUCCACUGGCAUGGGGGCCUUAGACUUGACAUCCUGUAACCAGUCAAAAGACCCUCUGAGCAUGCUCUUCCCCUUCCGCGAACGGGGCACCUUCAAGAACACGGCGUGCGAUAUCUGUGGGAAGACAUUCGCCUGUCAGAGUGCCUUGGACAUUCAUUACCGAAGCCAUACCAAAGAGAGGCCAUUUAUUUGCACAGCCUGCAAUCGGGGCUUUUCCACCAAGGGCAAUCUCAAGCAGCAUAUGCUCACCCAUCAGAUGCGAGACCUGCCCUCUCAGCUCUUUGAACCAUCCAAUCCCGGCCUUGCUUCCAGCUCUAGCCCUUCCCUCCUUUCCGUUGGUUCUUUGUCCUCUAUGAUCAAGACUGAGGUCAAUGGCUUCUUGCAUGGUACCUACCAGGAUUGCAAAGACCCUGUGGCCAGUCUGGUCACCUCUUCGGCUGCUACAUCUCCAGUGCUCUCUGCUGUGCCUCCACGCAGAACACCUAAGCAGCACUACUGUAACACCUGUGGAAAGACCUUCUCAUCCUCUAGUGCCCUGCAGAUCCAUGAGAGGACCCACACCGGUGAGAAGCCUUUUGCUUGUACCAUAUGUGGUCGAGCAUUUACCACCAAAGGCAAUCUCAAGGUUCACAUGGGAACACACAUGUGGAAUAGUGCCCCAGCCAGGCGGGGCCGCAGGCUCUCUGUGGACGGCCCCAUGGCCUUCCUGGGAACCAACCCUGUUAAGUUCCCUGAGGUCUUCCAGAAGGACAUGGCAUCCAGAGCUGCCAGUGGAGACCCAACAAGCUUCUGGAACCAGUAUGCAGCUGCCUUCUCCAACGGCCUGGCCAUGAAGACCAAUGAGAUCUCUGUCAUUCAGAAUGGGGGCCUCCCACCUCUGUCUGGGAGCAUCGGAAAUGGGGGAAGUUCACCUGUCAGGGGCAUGACUGGUAGUCUAGAGAAGCUGCACAGCACAGAACCUAACACUGCUCUGGCAGGACUGGAGAAAAUGGCAAAUGCGGAGAACGGGACCCACUUCCGCUUCACACGCUUCAUGGAGGACAAUAAAGAGAUUGUCACCAACUAAUACAGCUCAGAUUAACA